AUGGUGCUUGCCAAGUUCCAGCCUAAGGCGCUGGAUGUGAACCAGUGGAAGCUGGUUCUCAUCGUUGCUGGCAUCGGCACAAUCCUGGAGUACUUUGACUUCUACUGCUACACCCAGCUCAGUGCUGUUUUGGGGAAGGUGUUCUUCCCCUCUGGCGACCCCGUCGUCACGGCCCUCUCCUACUGGGGAGUGUUUGCCAUCGCAUUCGUAUCCCGGCCUGUCGGCGCCCUGUUCUACGGCCACAUCGGCGACAAGUACGGCCGCCGCUGGUCCUUCACAUUCGCCAUCCUGCAGCAGGCCUUUGGCACCUUCCUGAUUGGCAUCCUCCCAACAUACGCCAUCGGCCGCUACUCGGCUGGAAUUGCAUCGCCCAUCCUGCUGGCUAUCAUUCGCAUCAUCCAGGGCACAGCGUUUGGCGGCGAGUUUGGUGGCGCCGCAGUGUACAUCUCCGAGCUGGCUGAUGUGAAGACCCGCGCCCGCAGCGUCACCGCCCUGCAGUGCAUGGUCAACAUCGGUCUGGCCCUGGCCUCUCUGCUGUCGCUGGCUCUCCAGGCCUCCCUGAGCAAGGAGGCGAUGCUUGAGUGGGGUUGGCGCGUCCCCUUCUUGGUGGCAGGGUUCACCGCAUUCAUCGGAUACUACAUCCGCCGCGGACUGCCAGAGCCUGCUGCCUUUGUCAACGCCAAGAAGGAAGAGCAGCUGGCUGACGAGGCCGAGGGCGUUGAGGGCGGCGCCACUGUGAAAGCUGACGCGGGCCUCGUUGUUGGCACCCCCACCACCGGCAAGGCCACCCCUGAGUCUGAUGACGAGGAGAGCGACGUGGACGCGCAGGACCAGGGCGUACUCACGGCCUUCCACGGCCACUCGCGCGCGAAGCUGCCGUUUGUGCGCCUGCUCAAGAACAAUGCCACCGGCCUGGCCAUCCACUUCCUCUUCGGCGCUUGGGUGUUUGGAGCCUUCUUUGUGGCUGUGACCUGGCUGGCCACAGAGCUCGCCAACGGCUUUGGCCUGCCCGGCCCCAUCGCUCUGACGAUCACGAUCAUCAGCCUGUUUUUCAAUGCGGCCGGCCUGCUGACUGCCGGCUACCUGCUGGACCACGGCCUGCCUGCCAUCAGGGCCUGGGCCGCAACCGUGGUCGUCGGCGUGUCAACUGGCUUUGGCCUCUACUGGUGGGUCGGCACUGGCAGCAUCGCAGCGCUCUGGGUGGCACCCAGCCUGCUGCACCUGGUGAUCGGCUUCGGCCAGGCCUUUGUGGUGCUGCCCCUCACACGCAUCUACCACCCCCUGGAGCGCACCACUGGCUUCAGCUUCGCGUUUGCUGUCGGCUACGGCAUCCUUGGCGGCAUCUCACCCAUCGUGGUCACGGCCCUCAAAGCAAAGCUGCCGGCGGAGAUCAAGGGCAUCGCGCCGGCCAUCUGGCUGUCCAUCCUGUCGGCCGGCUCUUUCAUCGGCGUCAUCCUCCUGAGGCUCUACCUGCCGCGCCUCGACAAGCCGUACGUCGGCCGUAUUCGCUAG